UCGGCUCGCGAGGAGAGCGGAGCAGGCGCGCGGCCCAGCGGAGGAGCGCUGACUCUGGAGCAGCCGGAGCUGGAGGAGGAGGAGGAGGAGAGGCGGCGGGGAAGGAGGAGGAGGGGGAGAGUCGCUCCCGCCCUGCGAGCAUGGGGCGCCUGGCGCCGAGGCCGCUGCUGCUGGCGCUCCUGUCGCUGGCUCUUUGUCGCGGGCGUGUGGUGAGAGUCCCAGCAGGGACCCUGGUCCGGGUGGUGGGCACUGAGCUGGUCAUCCCCUGCAACGUCAGUGACUACGACGGCCCUAGCGAGCAGAACUUUGACUGGAGCUUCUCAUCGUCGGGGAGCAGCUUCGUGGAGCUCGCAAGCACCUGGGAGGUGGGCUUCCCCGCCCAGCUGUACCGGGAGCGGCUGCAGAGGGGCGAGAUCCAGUUAAGGCGAACUGCCAACGACGCCGUGGAGCUCCACAUAAAGAAUGUCCAGCCCUCCGACCAAGGCCACUACAAAUGUUCCACCCCCAGCACAGAUGCCACUGUCCAGGGCAACUAUGAGGACACAGUGCAGGUUAAAGUGCUGGCAGACGCCCUGCACGUGGGCCCCAGUGCGCGGCCACCGCCCAGCCUGAGCCUGCGUGAGGGGGAGCCUUUCGAGCUGCGCUGCGUGGCCUCCACUGCCUCGCCCCUGCACACGCACCUGGCGCUGCUGUGGGAGCUGCACCGCGGGCCCUCGCGCCGGAACAUCCUCGCCCUCACCCACGAGGGCAGGUUCCACCCGGGCCCAGGCUAUGAGCAGCGCUACCACAGCGGGGACGUGCGCUUUGACACCGUGGGCAGCGACUCCUACCGCCUCUUGGUGUCCAGGGCGCUGUCUGCCGACCAGGGCUCCUACAGGUGUGUGGUCAGCGAGUGGAUCGCAGAUCAGGGUAACUGGCAAGAAAUUCAGGAAAAGGCGGUGGAAGUUGCCACCUUGGUGAUCCAGCCAACAGUUCUGCGAGCAGCCGUGGCCAGGAACGUGUCCGUGCCUGAAGGAAAGGACCUGGACCUGUCCUGCAACAUCACGACAGACCGGGUGGAUGAGGUACGGGCCGAGGUGACGUGGUUCUUCAGCAGAACACCUGAUGGCUCCUCUCCUGCCCGCCACGUGUUGGCACGACUGGACCGUGAUUCCCUGCUGCACGGCUCGCCUCACGUGGCCUUGAGUCACGUGGACGCACGCUCCUACCAUUUACUGGUCCGAGAUGUUAGCAAAGAAAACUCCGGCUACUAUUUCUGCCACGUGGCGCUCUGGGUACCUGGACACAACAGGAGCUGGCACAAGGUAGCAGAGACCAUGUCUGCACCUGCCAGCGUGGGUGUGACCUGGCUAGAACCAGACUAUCAGGUAUAUCUGAACGCCUCAAAGGUCCCUGGGUUUUCAGAUGAGCCCACGGAACUGGAAUGCCGGGUAGUGGACUUGAAGAAUGCAGAGGCCAACAUCCGUUUCACAGUGUCGUGGUACUACAGAAUGAACCGGCGCAGUGAUGACGUGGUGACCAGCGAGCUGCUGGCGGUCAUGGACGGGGACUGGACGCUACGAUAUGGAGAGAGAAGCAAGCAACGGGCCCAGGACGGAGAGUUUAUUUUUUCUAAGGAGCACACGGACACAUUCAAUUUCCGGAUCCAAAGGACUACAGAGGAAGACAGAGGCAAUUAUUACUGUGUUGUGUCUGCCUGGACUAAACAGCGGAAUAACAGCUGGGUGAAGAGCAAGGACAUCUUCUCCAAACCUGUCAACAUAUUUUGGGUAUCAGAAGAUUCCGUGCUCGUGGUGAAGGCGAGGCAGCCAAAACCCUUCUUUGCUGCCGGGAAUACGUUUGAGAUGACUUGCAAGGUGUCGGCCAAGAAUAUUAAGUCUCCACGCUAUUCUGUACUCAUCACAGCCGAGAAGCCUGUUGGGGACCUCUCCAGUCCCAACGAAACCAAGUACAUCAUCUCCCUGGACCAGGAUUCUGUAGUGAAGCUGGAGAAUUGGACAGAUGCAUCGCGGGUGGAUGGAGUUGUGUUAGAGAAAGUGCAAGAGGAUGAAUUUCGAUAUCGAAUGUACCAAACUCAGGUCUCAGAUGCAGGACUGUACCGCUGCAUGGUGACAGCCUGGUCUCCUGUUGGGGGCAGCCUAUGGCGAGAAGCAGCAACCAGUCUCUCCAAUCCUAUUGAGAUAGACUUCCAAACCUCAGGUCCCAUAUUUAAUGCCUCAGUGCAUUCGGACACUCCAUCAGUCAUCCGGGGAGAUCUGAUCAAAUUAUUCUGCAUCAUCACUGUUGAAGGAGCAGUGCUGGAUCCAGAUGACAUGGCCUUUGAUGUGUCCUGGUUUGCUGUACACUCCUUUGGCUUGGACAAGGCUCCUGUCCUCCUGUCCUCCCUGGAUCGGAAGGGGAUUGUGACCACCGCCCGAAGGGACUGGAAGAGUGACCUCAGCCUGGAGCGCGUGAGUGUGCUGGAAUUCUUACUGCAAGUACAUGGCUCUGAGGACCAGGACUUUGGCAACUACUAUUGUUCCGUGACUCCGUGGGUGAAGUCACCAACAGGUUCCUGGCAGAGAGAGGCAGAGAUCCACUCCAAGCCCAUCUUUAUAACUGUGAAGAUGGAUGUGCUGAAUGCCUUCAAGUAUCCUCUGCUGAUCGGCGUGGGUCUGUCCACGGUCAUCGGGCUCCUGUCCUGCCUCAUCGGGUACUGCAGCUCCCACUGGUGCUGCAAGAAGGAGGUGCAGGAGACGCGGCGGGAGCGCCGCCGGCUCAUGUCGAUGGAGAUGGACUAGACAGCCGGACUGGGAGUGACAGAGGGACAGUGGGGGUGAGAAGAGGACAGUGAGAUUUUAAAACCAAGUGUGUUACACUAAGACCAGUCCUCUCUAAUCUCAGGUGGGACUUGGCGCUCGCUCUCUCUCCUGCAUGUCAAGUUCUGAGCGCGGACCUGUCUACCAGCACACGGCUCUCCUUCCCACGGCACUUUCUGAUAUAUAACAAUUGAGUGUGUGUUUUCCCAACUGCAGUUUUUUAACGGUUAACCUUUGUCUAAUUUUUUUUCUCCUACUGGCUUAUCGAUCCUCCGACUUGUGUGUGUCGAUCGCUUUUGUGGCGAGGGGCUGCGGUGAGGAAGGGGUGAUGGCAUUCAGAGUUCUUUACCUUGGGCGAGAAUGUGCCUGCCACCUGGGCGCCCGGGUCCUCGGUGGGGGCUCCCAUGAGGACAGCUGCUGUGACCCUCGACCCCAGCCUAGAGAUGCCACAGGCCUGUGCCCACAGCUGAUCUGUGGCUUUUCCUACUCUAACCCAUGCCCCAUUUUCCAGGGCGUAGACUACAUUUGAAAUCUAAACUUGGAGUAUGUCACUUCUCUUUGAGCCCAAGUGCAUUUUUUUUCUUUUUGUCCUUCUCUGCCCCUCUUCCAUUUCUUUUGUAUUUGCUUUCUGUGAGCGUGCUGAAAUGGCAGCCCUGGAAUCUGAAUUUGGCUUUCCACCGAGCACCUUAUCUUGCCACCUUAGCCUUAAGAAUGAAUAUGAAGAAAAAAUACACAGCCACCUCUGUCCAGGGCAGUCAGAAAGUCUGCGAGGAAGAGAAGGUUGGGGACAAGGAGAGGGACAGACGCUUUUGCCAAUAGUUGUGAGGCCUCUGUGCCUCCAGGGAUCCUAGGAAGUUCGAUUCACACGGCCCGAGCCAGGAGGGCCAGGGCGCCAGGGCUGUGCUGGGCCGUGGAAGCCCCUCCAUCCCCCGCUUCUGCCCUUCCUGAGAGGCAAAGGCGUGGGCCACCAGGGGGCCUACAGGGACCCACAGACAUGCCAUGUCCUUCACACCCCACUUGGGCUCCUUCACAUGAAGGCAAAUUGCUGCUUGAAGACUGACUGACUGCAAGGAAUCUGAAAUUGCCCAGAGGAGCCGUGCGCUUUCAAUGACCUUUACAGUCCUUCAGGACUUUUUAAGAUCCCCUGCAGGGGGUCAGUGAGAAAGGGUAUACUUUGUGGUAUGUUUGCUUUCCUAUUAGGAACACGGAGGAAACCCGGCAAUUUACUGUCAUGUGAACAGCCUGUAAAGUAGGAUUGAGAGCAGUCGCUUUGCCUGACUGCUUCCAUCAGGGGUAGGACAGCCGACAGAAAGAGAUCUUCCGGGUCCCUGACUUCUUCAUUAAUAGUGCACCCCUCUGAGCCUUGGCUCCCUGAAGUGUCUGGCCCCCUGCACGGCACUGGCCUUCCAGAAGCUUCCAGUGGGGUUUUCUGAGGCUCACUGGUGACUCAUGCCCUAAUUGCAAUCCUCUGUGCUUUUAUCCUGGCUCUGAAGGCUCUAACACUGCUCUGUCUUCCAAAGGGGGAAAGAAAAAAAAAAAAAGAUUCGUUUGUUUUGAGCAAUAAAGUAAUACAAAAUGAUGGCC